AUGACAAAUCUGCUGACGCAACUCAACCCGUCCGAGGAAUCCCCCAGAAGUGGCAUUCAAACAUUUUCACUCGAGCCACAAUCAGAUCACAUCCUUCUUCUGCUUCCAAAUAAUACCCCAUUUGGACACCUGAGAGACAAGCUGACAAAAGCACUCACUCCUCUUCUGCGUUGGGAUUCUCUGCAGUUCGAAGCCGUUGUACUGUCCCAGGGUGUGCGUGGAAAAAUCAGCAAGAUUGAUAAAUCUGGCGAAGCUAUUGUUCAGGUAGACAUCAACAUCUACGGCCCAUCUGAUCAAGCUACCAAAGUUGGAGACAAAUUGACUGAGGAUAAACUUUGGUUUCAACGGCCGGACUACUACAAAAACCAAUAUCCGUAUGAAAACCCACAUGUCAUUCGAUUCCCCGAGCUAGAAGGUUCAAUGCAAUUCGAAGAACUCAGCAACGAGAUGAGAACUUCAGCAAGCCGCACCGAAGUCAACGUGUUGCAAAUUGUCUCGGAGAUCAACAAUUCCACACACAGGGCCGACGGCCUGGAACGCGUCACAGGAGAUCGCCGCCUACUCACGCUUCUACUCGAGCAUCAAGAAAAGGCGUUGGCGUUCAUGUUGGAACGAGAAUCCGGCAACGUUCGAGAAGAUUUCCGACUCUGGAAACCAGCCAUUGUCGAUGAUAGGGAAAUGUACCACUCAUUUGGUCGACUUAUUAUGUACUUGACUAAUACUCUCAGGUUUGUUCAUCGAAUUACAAAAACUCGAUGCAUCAUUCGCCCCGACGAGAAGGGUGGUGGAGUCCUGGCUGAUGAGAUGGGUAUGGGAAAAACCCUGUCCAUCCUUGCACUCGUGAUCAAUACGAUUGAGCAUGGCCAUCAGUGGGCAGAGAGUCGCACCAACGAGGUUCUCUCUCAUUCUGAGAUCCGCCAUCACACUCACUGCACGCUCGUCGUCGUUCCUUCUGCAUUGCUGAUCAACAGUUGGAUUGCCGAGAUUAAACUUCAUCUUGGCGAUGCUGUAAAGGUUACCAAAUACCACGGGGGAACCAGAGAACGAGACACCAAGAAUCUCGCUAGCGCAGACAUUGUGUUGACAACUUACAAGACCCUAGCUACGGAUCAUAGCAACAAGAAUAGCCGCCAAAGUCCUCUCCAUCGCAUAGGUUGGUUUCGGGUUGUGUUGGAUGAAGCUCACAAUAUUCGUCGUCCGUCGACUACUUUCCAUCGUUCCUGCGCGGCCCUCGAAGCUAGAUCGCGAUGGUGUCUCACUGGAACACCUAUUCAGAACAAACUUGAAGACAUCGGCGCCCUAUUUGUAUUUCUCAAGGCCGAACCAUUCCAGAGCAUGGCCCGAUUUCGUGCGUAUCUCGUUCUCCCAUUUGAGCAAAACGACCCCAUCGCGAAAGAUAGGCUUGUAAUGCUGUACGACUCACUGGUUCUGAGGCGGUCAAAGGACAUCCUUUCUCUGCCUGGUCAGUCAGAGCGUAUUCGAAAGCUAUACCUACGUGACGACGAGAGAGCUCGGUACAACAAAACGAUGGAAAUUCUUAAUCGGUACAUUCGGCAACAAGUUGGGGAUCACAUGAUGAAGAGCAAAUUUGGUCUGUUUCAGGCUCAUCUUCAACUUCGUAUCCUCUGCAAUCACGGGACCCACCAGAAGUCAUUCGCGUGGAAGAGGAAGAACCGCAAUAUGAUUGAUGAGAAAGAGGCAUUCUUGACGGAGCUUGGUCUCAACGCAGAAAGAAAAUGUUCCGGGUGCGACCAGCCGCGACCCAUCAUCGACACCAUGAACACAGGUAGCGAUUUUGUCGACAAGUGCUCUCAUUUCAUCUGUAGGGAUUGCCUGGAUACCCCGGAGCCGCUGCGGCGCUGCCCGAUCUGCGCCCUUUCUCGGAAAGCACCAGAUGAUUCCAUGUCCAGGUUUAGCAAUGGCAGCUUCAAUGAGAGCCAUGAGGUGUUGAUGCAUGACGUGGAUGCUUUCGGGCUUGACAAUGGCGGUUCUAAUGAGAGUCACGAUGUGGACAUGCAGGAUGUCGAUGAUACCGAUAGGCAAAAGGACGCGUAUUUCAACGAAACAGGGUAUUCGACCAAGAUGACAGCAUUGGUAAACGACGUGAAGGAGACUCUUGGCGAGUCUGUGAGACAGGAAGACGGCACUUUCAGGACACCAAAAAGUAUCAUCUUCUCUUGCUGGACUCGAACUUUGGAUCUCGUUGAAGUAUAUCUCAAAAAAGAGAAUAUUGAGUUUCUCCGAGUAGAUGGAGAACUACUCAUGUCUAAGAGACAGCAAAUUCUCGAUCGAUUUUCACGGAAAGGCGGUCCUCGCAUCAUGUUGAUGACGACGGGUACGGGCGCAUUUGGAUUGAAUCUUACUGCGGCAAAUCGGAUUUUCAUUGUGGAACUGCAAUGGAACCCGAGCGUAGAAAACCAGGCAAUUGCCCGGGCUAUCCGACUCCGACAGAAAGACAAGGUCAUUGUCACGCGGUAUAUGAUAGCUGGCACCGUCGAGCAGGAAAUGAAAUCGCAGCAGAUCAAGAAGGAACAAGCAGCAAAAGCGGGAUUUGGGGAAUCCAGAGAGUAAAAUUGGUGGCGUGAAACAAGGGCCAGCGGUAUUGAUAGUUAUCGGGCAGUCAGGGACAUGACUGCACAAGGUAAUGAAUGGCAAAACAACUGGCUUAGCUUCCACCUAUCCCGUAUUUUCAUAUUUG